CACAAUCCAUCAUGGCUAUCUCAACCGAAAUUCCCCAGACUGUCGAUUGGGCCGGGAAGAAGGUCCCCGUGUAUCCCAUGGAAACCAUUGAUUUUUCACGACUUCUUUCACAAGAACCAGCUGAGUUGGAGAGAUUGGUGAAAUGCUGCCAGACUGAGGGAUUCUUCUAUCUCAACCUUCAAGGUAUCGAUGGUCGUAGAAUGUUGGAGGACCAACAAGAGACUUUGCGUUUGAUGAAGAACUUCUUUGACGCCCCUAUCGAAGUGAAAAACGAGUAUGGACUUGUUGCUCCACAUUUGGGGUGAGUAGAGGUUCCCUUAGGUCAAGUAUCUUACUAACAGUCAUAGUUACGAGCCAGUUGGUUCUCGUACGGGUGUUUUGGAUGAUACCAAAGACGGAUAUGAAAUGAUCAAGGUGGGUCUUUUGAUUCUCAUUUCGCGAAACCAACAUUGACAGUGAGAAGGUCUCUCGUGACGAAAUCCAAAGAGAUUCUCCACAUAUUCCAAAGAACAUCAAGAACAGCUCCGAUAUCAAGGUCUUGGAGAAUGCCAUUGCUGGAUCAAACAUCAUUACUAAAUCAAUUCUGUCCGGUCUGUCAACUGGACUUGGUCUCACUGGAGCUUCUCGAUUUGAGAACUCACACCGAAACGAUCGUCCUUCAACGAGUACAUUGGCAAUGAUGCACUACAUUCCAACCAAGCCAGUUGAUCCGAAGAAUAUCGGACACCAAAAGCAUACCGACAUCAGUUCCUUGACCUUGCUCUUCAGCGAGCAAUGGGGUCUUCAGAUCAGACCACCUGGAUCCAAGGAGUUCGGAUUCGUCGCACCAAAGCCUGGUACAGCCAUCGUCAAUGUUGGUGACUCGCUUCGAUUUGCCAGUGGACUCACGAUGCAAUCUUGCAUUCAUAGAGUCGUCCCAUUGGAUCCCAGUGAGCACCGAUACUCAAUCGCUUAUUUCCUCAGAGCUGAGGACGACACCAUGCUGAAGGAUAGUGAGGGAAGAUACAUCACUGCAGGUCAAUGGCACGACGAGAAGUUCUUUGCAUUCCUUGCUUCGGCUGAGGAACAGGCGAAGGCUCCGGAAUAUUUGAUUAUGGGUGGGAUGAAGGAGGGUGAGCCGGUUGAGAAUGCCCAGCCUGCGAAGAAGAAUGAGAUUGAGGUGUACUAG